AUGCCCCCUAGCCUCUUCGGAGAUGCUGUUAUUCAGCGGCGCAAUAAUCAAAUCCGAGAUGCCAUUGACGGGCAGAAUUUGAAGCUGGCCCUACAGCUGGUUGAAAAGCGCAUAAAGAAGGGAGAGAAUACUCAUUUCUUGAGGGUAACUAAUGAUCCAAAUUUGAUUCAAUUGGGCUUUAAUGCUCAUUUGGCACCCAAUACUCGACCCUCGAGCCUCACUGACCGCACCACCAAUAGGCAUGGAAGGCAAACAUUCUUUCUCGAGACUCUCAAACUAUGCAAUUCUGAGCCGCCUAUUACCGAUGUUGAUACCGUUGCAAUGAUGUACUCGACUCUCAUCACUAUGAAUGAGCAUCGUGAUAUUCGGAAUGCGCUCUGGGAGAAGGCCGCCAAGGCCAAACCGCAGGACCUUCAGCUCCACAUUAGAUGGUUAACCGAAGCAAAUCGCAUCAAUGACUGGAAGUCUGCGCAAAAGGCUUCUUCGAGUCUCCGCAACAACUUCCGGGAUAGGAAAUACCAUUUUUGGUCCAUCUUUUACAGCCUUCUGAUCUCCAAAGAUGAAUCUGCAUCGGACGGCGAUCGUAAGCUUUUUGGCACAUUGGCAUAUCGCAUGAUCACGAAAGCGGCCGCCGAUACUCCAAUUGACUCCCCAGCUCAUUCGCAGAACCAGUCAUAUGGAAUUGAAUCCGUUGAAGAGGUGCUUUUGCUCAUGGAAAUUCUCAAAUCACAAGAUCGCUCUGAAGAAGCUGUGCGAAUUCUGGACAGCGAUAACGUGGGACUGAACUCACGUAUUCUUCAAAAAGAUCCAAUCCUUUUAAUUGACAAAGCGAAACAUCUUGGGUCCUCUAAGCAGUGGGAUAAGGCUUCAUCUUUCGUGAAGACACUUUAUACUGUUCCAGUAGAUCCGAAAGACGAGAGUGCGCGAAAGGCCAUUACAGCGGUUGACCAGUGGGCUAUUUGGGAAGUGCUAGCUCAAAGCACAAAAUUCAUCAAGGAACCAGAGUUUGCUGCUGAUACCUUGAAGUUUAUUGACAAAUUCCUUGAAUUCGACCCCAAAUCUCGAAAUGCUUCUUUAGCUCGUUUGAACGUCGUUUACUUUAGCAUAUUAAAUGGCUCUUCGACUGCGGAUGACUUGGUCCUUGUCUGUCAGCGAUACUGGGACCAACACAAGGAUAAACUCUACGCAUUUAGCGAUAUGCAACAUUUCACGAGCAACAAAUGGGACGCCAUGGCCAAGCUUAUGAAGUAUGCUGUUGAAUGCAAGGAGGAGCAAAGCCUCGUAUCUAAGAUCAACACACUGAAGCUUGACUACUGUUUGAACAUCUCAGGUCCCGAUGAAAAGCCAUCUAAGCAAAAGAUCGAAGAGCUUGUCGUGAAUUGCUUGAAACUUUAUCAGGAGGCCAAGAACGAAUCUCAGGAAGCAUCAAAUCCCCUUGAAAGCUCUCCUAGAGACGAUCUGUGUAUUCUUGCUUCCACAGGUCUUCUUUUCAUGAGUGACGUAUGGGGACAUGGUCAGAUCGAAGAAACUUCUUUGAUCCGCGCAGCUGCUAUUCUUGAGCAUCUUCUUUGCGACUCUCCACACAACUACCAGGCACUCCUACUUUUGGUUCGUGUCUACCUCUUGCUCGGAGCGGGCUCUCUUGCGUUGAGUGCUUUCAGCAAGCUUGCGAUCAAACAAAUCCAAUUUAGCUCUAUUAGUCAUUAUCUUUACACGCGUCUUGCUACUAUUCACCCCCACAGCGCACCACCGGUUGAUGGGGCUCUGGUUACGAAUUUCGACCCAAGCAAGGCACUUCUCGCCGCUCUCAAAUUUUUCUCGAAGUCAGACUUCAGCACCAUGGAGAGUCGGUCCAAUGCACUCUCUAAGGGGACCUAUUUGAAUGCUCAAGGAUUUAUCAACCUUGGUGACUCUCUCAAAAGAAACAUCUGCCGCCGAAUGUUUGUUCUGGAGGUGCGACGUAUCCAGAGACUACUCGGGGGAAGGCCUUUGACGGAAUUUGCAGAGCUUGCACAUGACGACAGCACAACUAAGGAUCACAGAGACUCUGAUGGUUUCAUGAUAUGCGAAUUCCCUGGAAAGCCUAGCGUCGAAAAGGCAACGCAACCGGGACCUCGCCCCCAGGAAAACUGGCUCGCCUGGUACAGGGUUACUGACCAGCUUUUCUCUGUGCUGGAGGCUAUUCCUCUUGGAAAGCCAGUAUCCCCGGAUCCUGAACUUCCAAAUCUUGCUACUCUUUCCCUCUCCGACGAAAAGACUGAUCAGACAGAAAUUGAGAAGGAGUUAGCCAAGAUUCACUCCGAUCUACUCAAGGUUGCCUUGUUCAUAGCUGGUUCUAAGGCCACCACGUCUGAGCAGGUAGACAAAGUUCUUGGUCAGGUGGAAGAGUGGCUCGUUGCUAAGAAGGCCUACCUAACUCUCAACGAUGCAAACGUCUCUCCUUUUGUUACCGAGAAUUCGACUUCCUUGGACAAGCAAACUCCCAACGCCCCGAAUUGGAAAUACUUGCAUGCCAUCUUCAGUCUCCUUGAAACUCUUAAGGCACUGAACAAGCUGGUUGAUCUCGCUUCUCGCAAGGAUUUAAAGUUGUUAAAGCUUCCCAAGGAACGAGUUGAUCGCUUGAACGCCUUGGUGAAGGAGACUUUUGUCCUUGUCCGAUCGAACACCCGAGUUUUGAGAAAACGCAUUUCGGAAUCGGGCCUACUGAGUUCCUUGUCUGAUCUCAUUAUGUUUGGAGAUCACAGUGAUCCCGCAGGAAAAGAACUCCAGAGCAUCAUGGGUACUACCUUUGGUGAGUCUGACGUUGAACUUUUCGCCGCAGGUUUGAUGGAGAGCUGGGAGGAGGCUCUUGAUGGUGUGAUGUCCGUGGAGAUGUGA